GCGCUCGGCUGCGCUGGGCUCGGCUCGGCUCGGUGCGGCCCCGCAGCCGCCGGCAGGAGGGAGAAGGAGGGAAGGGAGCGAGCGAGGCGGGCGCCGCCGCUCCCCGCACCGCGCCCAUGGGUCCCCUCCUGCUCCUCUGGGCGUGUGCGGCCGCCGCCGGGGCAGCUGUAGGGUUUGGAAUGGAUCCUGACUUACAAAUUGAUAUCAUCACAGAACUGGAUCUUGUGAAUACAACCUUUGGGGUAACACAGGUUUCAGGACUACACAAUGCCAGCAAAGCAUUUUUAUUCCAAGAUGUAGAAAGAGAAAUCCACGCAGCACCCCACGUGAGUGAGAAGUUAAUUCAGCUCUUCCGGAAUAAAAGUGAGUUCACGUUUCUGGCCACUCUUCAGCAAAAGGCAUCGACUUCUGGAGUUAUCCUGUCCAUCCGAGAGUUAGAGCACAGCUAUUUCGAACUGGAGAGCAGUGGCCUGAGGGAUGAGAUCAGGUACCACUACAGGUUUAAUGGGAAGUCAAGAACAGAGGUGUUCCCGUACCGCCUGGCAGAUGGACAGUGGCAUAAGAUUGCUGUGUCACUUAGUGCAUCCCAUCUUCUGCUCCACGUGGACUGCAACAAGAUUUAUGAACGUGUCAUUGAUCCCCCAGAAACGAAUUUGACACCUGAAAGCAGUUUAUGGCUCGGACAGAGAAACAGGAAACAUGGUUUCUUCAAGGGUGUUAUUCAAGAUGUGAAAGUCAUCUUUAUACCUAAUGGAUAUAUAACGCAGUGUCCUAAUCUGAAUCGCACAUGCCCGACCUGCAGUGAUUUCUUAAGUCUGGUGCAAGGAAUCAUGGAUUUGCAAGAACUCCUGGCAAAAAUGACUGCAAAAUUAAAUUAUGCAGAAACAAGACUGAGUCAAUUGGAAGACUGUCACUGUGAGAAGACUUGUCAAGUAAAUGGAUUGAUCUAUAGAGACAAAGACUCAUGGGUUGAAGAUGAUCACUGCAGGAACUGCACGUGCAAAAGCGGAGUCGUGGAGUGCCGAAGGAUGUCCUGUCCCCCUCUCGAGUGUCCUCCUGAUGCUCUCCCAGUGCACGUGGAAAGUCAGUGCUGCAAAGUGUGCAAGGCAAAGUGUAUCUACGGAGGCAAAGUGCUAGCAGAAGGUCAACGAGUAUUAACCAAGAGCUGCAGGGAAUGUCGAAAUGGAGUUUUGGUAAAAGUGACAGAGACUUGUCCACCUUUGAACUGCUCAGAAGAUGAUCACGUUCUUCCAGAGAACCAGUGCUGCAGUGUUUGUAGAGGCCAUAACUUCUGUGCAGAGGGGCACAGAUGUGGUGAAAAUUCAGAGUGCAAAAACUGGAACACAAAAGCUACUUGUGAAUGCAAGAAUGGUUAUCUCUCUGUCCAAGGAGACUCCGCGUACUGUGAAGAUAUUGAUGAGUGUGCUGCCAAGAUGCAUUACUGUCACGCCAACACCGUGUGCGUUAACUUGCCCGGAUCCUAUCGCUGUGACUGCGUCGCUGGCUAUGUCCGUGUGGAUGAUUUCUCCUGCACAGAGCAUGAUGAAUGUGGCAGUGGCCAGCACAACUGUGAUGAGAAUGCAAUCUGUACUAACACUGUCAGGGGGCACAGCUGCACCUGCAAACCUGGCUACGUGGGGAACGGGACCAUCUGCCGAGCAUUCUGUGAAGAAGGGUGCAGAUAUGGUGGAACCUGUGUAGCCCCUAACAAAUGUGUCUGCCCUUCUGGAUUCACGGGAAGUCAUUGUGAGAAAGAUAUUGAUGAGUGUGCAGAGGGGAUCAUUGAGUGUCACAACCAUUCACGCUGUGUUAACCUCCCAGGGUGGUACCACUGUGAGUGCAGAAGCGGUUUCCAUGACAAUGGAAGCUAUUCUCUUUCCGGGGAGUCCUGUGUUGACAUUGAUGAGUGUGCCUUGAAGACCCACACCUGUUGGAAUGAUUCAGCCUGUGUGAACCUGGCAGGAGGGUUUGAUUGUCUUUGUCCAUCCGGACCAUCUUGCACUGGAGACUGUCCCCAUGAAGGCGGCUUCAAGCGCAACGGGCAGGUGUGGACCCUGAGAGAGGACAGAUGCUCCGUUUGCUCCUGCAAGGACGGGCGGAUUUUCUGCCGGAGGACGGCCUGUGACUGCAGGAACCCCAGCGCCGACCUGUUCUGCUGCCCCGAGUGCGACACCCGCGUCACCAGCCAGUGCCUCGACCAGACCGGGCACAAGCUCUACCGCAGCGGGGACAACUGGACCUACAGCUGCCAGCAGUGCCGCUGCCUGGAAGGAGAGGUGGACUGUUGGCCUCUUCAGUGCCCGAGUCUAAACUGCGAGUACACGGCCAUCUCGGAGGGAGAGUGCUGUCCCCACUGUGUCAGUGACCCGUGUCUGGCUGACAACAUCACCUAUGACAUCAGGAAAACCUGUCCGGACGGCUAUGGAAUCACAAGGCUCAGCGGCGCUGUGUGGACAAUGGUGGGAUCUCCUUGUACAACCUGCAAGUGCAAGAACGGGAACGUGUGCUGCUCGGUGGAUUUAGAGUGUCUCAACAACAACUGACCUCCUCAGGCUGGACUGUGCCGAGGGAGGAACGCUGAUGGAGUUAACACCUGAAAGGAAGCCGUUGUGUGCGUUGGCAUUUUAUACAACAGACAAUUACCAAAGCCUCCGAGCGAGGAGGGUGUUUGGGAGUUGCCUUUUGGGACCGAUCACUACGCUCAUCCUUGUCCGGGUGACCCACAGUACAGCGCGUAGAAGUCGAUGGUUGCUAAAAAGUUUUCAGUGUUGUAAAUGACACACUUUUCCUCGUCAAGGAAUUCGCAAAGAUGUUUUAAGUUAUUUCAUGGCUAAACUAAUGCUGUAUUUUUGUUUUGAUUUUGUGUACUGACGACAUUGAUAGGAUUCAGCUCCUCUUACUUUGAAGCUAGAUUUUACAAAUAAGAACAGCCUGUCGUGGUUUUUGUCCCAUGAUAUCACAUACUUAGUUCCAAGGUCCCUGUUAGAUGUAUUUAUGAAAAUAUGUAUGUAUGUACAGUCAAAUUGCAUAGUACUUAUAUUUCACAGCUGUCCAACAUUUUAAACCAUUCAAAGGUAUGGACAGAAUGGAAGUAGUCAAAAUAAGUCUGUCUUAGAAAAAUUAUAAAAUUAAGUGCCAUGAACUUAAUGAAAUGGCAGAAAAAGCACUUUCUUCUCCAAAUGUGCAGAGCAGCAAGACUCCUAUAGUGAGAAAUGGAACUAAACCCCCAUUCCAUUGCCAAUUCAACACAUAUUCAGGAAAGAGUCACCGGGCAUUACCAGCAUUCCGUUGAGUACAGCUCCUCUGGAUUAUACAGCGAUACAACAGAGACCCCUAAGAUGAUGUAAUUUAAGUUGGCUAGGGUAGAAUUUGCUUGCGUUUGCAACAUCAUUGAUGAGUUCAGAGUUUUUCCUUUUUUGUGUGUGUGCUUGCAGUGGUAAUGAUGUCUGCCAUCCUCCGUCACUGCUCCCACAGUGACAGAGUGCAGAGGCACCUGUGCCAGUGACACGCCGGACAGGAGGCCUCAACUUCCAUUGCUUGGUAGCUUCCAUUACCCAGUUAACAGCUCAGAAACAGAUUUUUAUCUUUUCAUGUCUUACGACAUCCAGAAAUAUUUCGGUUUUUUUCAUUGCUGAGUACCUAAGUUUAGACAGAAAUAUAAAUUAAAACUCCUAGCCCCAUAUCGAAGUUGGAGUUUAGAUUCUCUUCAACUGAUGUCUGUUGUUUUUUUUUCAUGAGGCUAGAAGGUUUGUGGCAUUAGAACAGGAAUAUAUUUCUAUGGCGAUGCAUCUACGGCUUAAAUGUCACAUUUUUAACGUGCUGUUGUGUUUUGUUCUGCUCAUUGUGUGGUGUUUUUUCUUUCUUUCUGUUUAUUUCCUCAAACACACUGAGUGUACGGAAAAGAUUGCAGAAAUAAGUAUAGUGGCUACAGUUUGGAAAGUCUACAUUUGUGAGUUUUUCAUAGUUUCAUGCAGAAAAUGUGAAACUGAUUAAUAAGAAUGAAGUGUGACUAUACAGUGAAAAAAAAUUAGUCGUCUUUUAAAUGAAGUACUAUUAUGUUUAUAAGGGGACAGUGGAGAGCAAAGAAGAUGAAAUUACUUUAAUCAUUGAGACAACUUUAUUCCCAUUUUUUUAAAUGGGUUUUGUUUUAGUUAACAGGUUUGUGUGGUAAAGUUAAAUUUAUUUUCUUAAAAUGCCCCAUCAUUUUCAGCUAAUAAUGUGUUGACUCUAUUUGCAUUGCCCUGAUGAUUGUAUAAUAAGGGAAAGAGUUGUGUUUUAUAUGAUACUCAAAGGAUGUUUGUAAAUCAUAAUGUCAGCUCAUUUUGUAUAUCACAUUGUAAAACCCAAUGGUAAUUCAGUUGGAUAGGAUAUCCAGUGGGCUGAGAUAUAAAGGGGAAUGAUUUAAAAUUUGUGGGCAUCUAAAUAAACUCCUAUGUACAGA